GUCACACUGGAAAGGCUUCAAAACAAAAUAAGAAAUACUGCAAUUUUCCAAAUUAAACAAAAUUGCGAAAUUCCACAUCACAAUGUGAAAUUCAAGAGUCAAGAGCAUUUGUGAAACAUCAUUGGUCUUCAGUUUAAUUAGGAUCUUUAACAUGUCCACAUUCGGAGCUGACGUUGACCAGGUUUGGCCACCUGUGGCCGGGGAUUCCCAACCCCUGACGGAUUUCGGACGCAAGCUUUUGCAGGAUUGCCGGCAGGUGAAGAAGCCAGUUUCGGGUCCAGAGGAGGCGUCUAAGUUAAUGGAAAACUCCAGGACUUUUCCCCUCGAGUUCGGCGUAGAGAGUGUCCGGGUGAAGAGGCAGAGCACCAACAGGCUGGCCAGCAUCAAUGAGCAAAUCGCCUCCGUCUAUCCGGUGAUACAUGAGCGUACUCUGGGCCUCUACCUGCAGUAUUUGGAGCACAAGUGCCGCUGGGGCAACUCCUUGGAGAAGCCCAUCUACCAGCCCCUGUCCCUCUGCUGCUUUGUGCAGCGUCUCCUGGAGAAGCGCUGCGCCAGCUUCUUUGCCCGCAACGACAAGUACCUCUUGCUAAGCGGCGAGAAGGGAGCCAGCGGCUUUGAGAGCAUUGGCACACUGGAGGAGCAUCCACCGCUGGUCCUGGCCAACGUCCUCAGCUACGAUGAUGUCAAGCUGUCCGCCCUGCUGUCCGUCAGCUCGCACACCGAGUUCAUCAACGAGGGCGAGCGUGCCAACUGCGGGCGCGUGGCCAGAGGCUCACAGACUUUAGAGCCAAGCGGCGUCAUUGUGGGCAUGAUUGGAGCCCGCCUGUCGCGUCGCAAUCUUAUGGAAUUCCAGGAUAUUGUAAUAGCGCGCACCCAAAACACCCGAGAAAAGGGCUACGGCCUGGCGCUGGAUGCUCCGGCAAACACGAAAGCCGAGGACUACCGCCGGCUUUGGCGUGGCUUCUAUGCCACCCGGGAUCUGCUCCAUGGCCAGGCCUCUAUUGAUAACCAGCGUUUCGGUCGCUCGGGCAACAAGGCGGAUGUCUUUGACAAUCUGGUGAUGAAGCGGCGCUAUGCCAUCAGCUUUGACCUGCUGCUGCUGGAGGCUCAGGCGAGGGCCAAGUUGCUCAACAAGUUGGCCUAUGUCCAUGUGGUGGGUUUCGGCCUGGGCGUGUGGAAGGUGGCACCCCAGCAGGAGCGCAUCUUCCUGGAGACUUUCGAGCAGCGCAUGCGCACGCUGGGCAGCAGGCUCAGCCAUGUGGGCAUUGUGCAUUUCUCCUGGUUCUCCAUCAACGAUUGCGGCGAUCUGCGCAAUGGAAACUUGGUGAAGAUCAAGGGGCAUCCGGAGAAGGGAAUACGUGUGUUGAUAUCAAAGAGGAAUCCGGCCACGAAACUGGCUAGUCCAGAGAUGGAAAACAUGCUGCUGGUGGUGUCCUAUGCCUGGGAUGGCAAUGCCUUGCCCGGCAAUGAGUUUUGGAUGAAAAUGCUCAAGUCCACGGGCGACUCCUCCACGGCCUGCCAUACCCUGGUGGCCGAGCUGCACAAUCCCUACAUCAACACGAAGUUUUGCAAUGGCCACAACCUGCACAUAGCCUCGCCAGAACACGGCAUAAUCCAUGUCGCCGAAUAUGCCAAGCGGGUGCUUCAGAGCGAGAGUGACAGCCAGGGAUCCCAGGCAAUCUAA